AUGUUUUUAACAAGAAGUGAAUAUGAUCGUGGUGUAUCCACCUUCUCACCAGAAGGAAGAUUAUUCCAAGUCGAAUACUCCCUCGAAGCAAUCAAACUCGGCUCCACCGCCAUCGGGAUCUCAACCAGUCAAGGAGUGAUAUUAGGAGUUGAAAAAAGAGUCACUUCUUCCCUUUUAGAAGCUUCAUCAAUUGAAAAAAUCAUUGAAAUUGAUCAUCAUAUCGGAUGUGCCAUGUCAGGAUUAACUGCCGAUGCGAGGUCGAUGAUUGAUCAUGCUCGUGUGUCUUCAUUGACUCAUAAUUUAUACUAUGAUGAAGAUAUUCGGGUUGAGAGUUUGACCCAGAGUGUUUGUGAUUUGGCAUUGAGGUUUGGUGAAGGGGCUGGAGGGGAGAAGAGAUUGAUGUCGAGACCAUUUGGGGUGGCGCUUUUGAUUGCGGGUGUUGAUGGGGAUAAGGGGCCCCAAUUGUAUCAUGCGGAACCUUCUGGGACUUUCUAUAGAUAUGAUGCAAAGGCAAUUGGAUCCGGUUCGGAAGCGGCUCAAGCGGAAUUAAAUAAUGAAUAUCAUAAAUCAUUGACUUUACAAGAAGCGGAAAUAUUGGCUUUGAAGAUUUUGAAACAAGUUAUGGAAGAGAAGUUGGAUUGUAAGAAUGCUCAAUUGGCAAGUGUGACUACUGAUGGUGGAUUCCAGAUUUAUAGUGAUGAAAAAACUGAUGCAAUUAUUAAAGCUUUAAAUGAACAAUUAACAGAAGAAGAUACUGUGAUUAGUUAG